UGCCGACUCUCACACUUUACGUACCUUCCUGGAUAACAUUACGAAACCCACGUGGCCAAACGCCACCCUCUGCUGACGCUACUAUGUAUCCCUAAAGAAGCUAAACGUAAGCUCCUCGUUGGGGUACAGCCAUGGCUUCUCUGCUUUGUCCAACUCCAAGUACUCUUCGACAUAAUCCCAGAAGCGCCUGCUUCUCUGCUUUGAAGCUGGCUUCUCCAACUAAUCUCUGUCUCUUCACAAACCGCUGCAAAAGUAACCCAGCAAGGUGUAAUGCACUCCUUGGAAACAUCCUAGAAGAUCUGCUGGAGAACACGCUUCAUCUGGAUCAGUUUCCUGUUUUCCGAUAUGGGUUUUUGCAGUUUCAGAGAUUUACUGGGGAACUACCAGAGAUGGAGAAGUGGGGGUUUCUGGUAUUUGCUGGGCUCACUUGGAUUUAUUUAACUGCCAGGCCUGGUGUUCUUCUAGGUGCCAUUGAUGCAUACCUUCUGGCUCCUCUGCAACUGGGUUUGGAUGGUUUGACUGGAAAGAGGAACUUGAAGACUUCUGAUUUUGUGAUAGGAAGAAAACUGGGAGAAGGGUCUUUUGGUAUUGUUUAUUCUGGAGCCAUUGUUCCCAAGAACGUGGCUGCAGAAACGAAGGUACAGAAGAGAGGAAGAAAAAAUGCUUUGGAGUUGGAUGAGAGGGUCAAGGAGAAGGUCAUUCUGAAAAAGGUGAAGGUUGGAAUCCAAGGGGCUGAAGAAUGUGGUGAUUUUGAAGAGUGGUUUAACUACAGGCUGUCUAGAGCAGCUCCUGAAACGUGUGCCGAGUUCCUUGGAAGUUUUGUUGCUGACAAAACAAAUUCACAAUUCACAAAGGGGGGAAAGUGGCUUGUGUGGAAAUUUGAGGGCGAUCAAGAUCUUGCUGAUUACAUGAAGAAUCGGAACUUCCCUUUAAACUUGGAGUCUGUCAUGUUUGGGCGUGUCUUGCAGGGAGUGGACUCUGUUAAACGGGAUGCUUUGAUCAUCAAGCAAAUAAUGCGCCAAAUUAUUACCUCACUAAAGAAAAUCCAUGACACGGGCAUUGUUCAUCGUGAUGUAAAGCCUGCAAACUUAGUGGUGACAAAAAGGGGACAGAUCAAGCUCAUAGACUUUGGGGCAGCCACAGACCUUCGGAUUGGCAAGAACUAUGUGCCCAACCGUGGCCUGCUUGAUCCUGAUUAUUGUCCACCUGAACUAUACGUACUCCCGGAGGAAACACCAAGUCCGCCUCCAGAGCCAAUUGCUGCCCUUCUUUCUCCAAUCCUCUGGCAGCUGAACAGUCCUGAUCUGUUUGAUAUGUAUUCUGCCGGGAUUGUACUCUUGCAAAUGGCAAUACCUACCUUAAGAUCUACAGCAGGCUUAAAGAAUUUCAAUUUAGAAAUAAAAACAGUUGGAUAUGACUUAAAUAAAUGGAGGGAGUAUACGCGGUUUAGGCCUGACUUAACAAUUCUUGAUCUCGACUCGGGUAGAGGGUGGGAUCUGGCCACAAAGCUUGUAUCAGAGAGAGGGUUUCUUAGAAGAGGGCGUAUCUCUGCUGCUGCUGCUCUGACGCAUCCUUAUUUCCUGUUGGGUGGUGACCAGGCAGUUGCUGUUCUUUCAAAAUUAAGCUUUAAUAGGAAGUGAGCUACUUGGGAUUCCAUGACAGGGAGCUGUAAGAAGAUUUUGCUUAAAUAUUUUGAAGCUUGAGAUAAAACAGUAGCAAAUGGAUUGGAGAGGCUUUAUGAAUAGCUCGCAGGCCAAUUUAUGAACAUGCCAUUUUUGCAUAAGGUGACUGAGGUACUUAACCAUGCAUUGCCUGCUAAAAGUAGUCUUUACAUUUUACUUAACCCUUUGGUGUAAUUACAACUAGUCACAGUAAUUCAGAGUUUUUUUCCCCCAAAUAUUAAAAAGUUAAAUUCUCAUUUGGCAAAUUAGCUUUCUUUACGGAUUUAAUUAGCACCAUCAGUGCCAAGGAUAUUUCUGACUGAAGGAGUAUUCAAAAGGCGUGCCCAUGCCAGGAUCAAAUCUUUUGAUCAGAAUCGACAAUAAGAUUUAUACUGAUAUCAUAUUUUUGUAUAUCUUGGGACACUGUAACAUAUAUGUACUAGUGGAACAGGGCAUCAGCUCUUCGUUUAAUGAUA